AUAAGCAGUGAUAUCUAAUAACUAUGUAUCUAAAUGCUUAGCACGAUGUUGCAUGUGCCUACUGUAGUAAUCAUGGGUUUCUUUUAAAUUUUCCUGUGUAUGACUCCGUUGACCUUCACUUUUCCAUUGUGUAGUGCUAUCUUCUGUGUAGUAAGAGUUGUGGGCUUUAUCAAAUCAGCAUGGAGAGUAGGCACUACUCUUUACUGAAGGAAAAAAAAAACUCCGGUCUUCCUGCCUAAAAUUUUCAACAUAUUCUCUUAUUUAUAGAGUGGUCUUUUGCAAAAUGAGAAGGUAAGAGAUGUACACAGCUCAGAAACACCAUGUCAACAUCGCCCCCCCCACCACCUUCAACGAUCAGCGACAGCCGCGCAAACGCUCGCAACGGCACAGAUGCACAUUACUAGCGGCGGGUUUUCCGUUCAUACAGCUUUCCCAUUAGGAGGCCCAAAGCCUUGAGCUGCUCAAGUUACAUUUUAUGUUAAAUGUUAUGUGGUAUUAAUAGCCACAGUACCAUGAACAUGGCUGCCAUGACACAAACAGACAGGUGGCUUUUCUCGUUAGAAUACAACUGUGGAUGUAAUAUAUGCAGAUACAUGGAAACAAAUAUUUAGGCACUGGAAAGCAUGACUUGAACGCAUACAGAUAUGUAAUAAAGAUGCUUUAGUUUUAUUGUUAUCAUUUUAUAAGUCUGAAAUACCUAUUUGUUGUUUUGUUUUUUUGUAUUGUCUUUCUCAUAUUGUAACAUAUUAUCACAUAGAAUUCCCUUUUUCCGAUUUUCAAAACGUUUUAGACACAAAUCUUUACUAAUCUCUCCCUGCUAUGUUGAUGGUGACCUCUGGGUAUGAAUGACGUGUUUUCUCAAUGAGCAGUGUCAUCUGUUUUUCUUUCUUUUUCUUUUUUUUUCUCCCCCCUGUUCUGUCUUCAAGCACACCUGUAUGAUUAAUUCACAGUUCAUAACGUAACUAGUUCAAAGUUUACUGUCGUAUAUUUCACAUAUCAGUGAGUGAAUUGCCAAGUAAUAUUGAUAUUAAUGGGAAAACAACGCGGUAUUCUUUGGUUAAAUGCUAUCAGGAGAAUCCAAAAUAUCAGUAGUGAUUAGUUGUAGACAGCUGGUUUGUUGCUCUAAAAACUGGCCUAACUAGAAAAGAAAAACUUUACUAAACAGCUGAGGUUAUUAGAGAAUAGGCUGGCGGGACAGAGAAAAGAUUCAAUGGAUUAAUAUCAAUAUCCGCGUCCUUGGAGCGUUCUUGCCGCUGAUCAGAGAACGCGCUCUGAGACUUCGAUCCCUCUUUCUCUGCCUCCAACAGACGAGAACUUCACUCUCAAACACGACAGAGCCUUCCUGCUGUCGAUGGCCAAUCGUGGGAAAGACACCAACGGUUCACAGUUCUUCAUAAAACUCUAGCAUCCUGCUCCUCCAAGGUAAUGUGUCUCAAAGGCUGUGUUUCUCUCUCUCCUGACUGUAUUUAUCAUUCAGUAGUUUGUAUUUGCAAGCAUUCUGCACAGUACAGUGUUUACUUUGAAUAUCCUUAAAUUUUUUCACAAAUGGCUUUGAGGUGAUUCGUGUUAUUCCUCCAUCACUUAAAAAAAAAAAAAAAAAAACUUGUCACCACUACUUUUACAAUCAAAUCUUGAAACAUGGAGGAAAUUGUAGAUACACUGUCUUUCUCUGUGUGACUUGAUUUGAUUAUAGAAAAUUCUGUAACUAAUUGCCCACACUCUGCUGUUGAGUGUUAUCAUUUUAAAAUUUGAAGUGUUUUUUUGCAAUCACAUAUCAUUAAAGCAAAGGGUUGGUCUUAGACAUUCUGUACAUUCUUUUAAUUUUCCCCUGCGGUACAGUAGCACCCACACUCUGUCGAAGUUAUUUGUUUAUUCUCAUUCUUGUCUCCGUUUCUUCCCUUUUUCCAUGACGGACACCACUACCACUGGUCGACUCCACGCCUGGUUAACUGCUGGAUUGUCCAUAAACAGCACAACUAAGACGGCACCUCAUCUUGACGGAGUCCACGUCGUCUUUGGUUUGGUCAUCUCCGGCUUUGAGGUGAUAAAGAAGAUCGAGGGGCUGAAGACUGAUUCAGCCAGCAGACCCUAUGCUGAUGUGAGGGUGAUGGACUGUGGACAGCUGAUCACCAAGUCCGCAAAUGACGUGCUUCAAGGCAAGCGGAAAAGAGCCUCCCAUUCUGCUGACUCUUCCCUCAACUCCCAUGACUCGUCCUCCCAGUUCUCCUCUUCGUCUGGAUCUGAAAGUGAAUCAGAUGAAAGGCACAAACAUCACAAACACAAGAGACAUUCAAAAAACAAACGGCCUAAAAAGAAGCGAAGGGAAUCAAAGAAGGAAAACAGCUCUGAGAUUCUCCCCUCCAAACACAGUCCUGUGGAAAAAGAGCUGGUUGAGGGAGAGGAUGAGGAGGAAGAAGAGAAGGAGCACGGUGGGAAGAGAGAGAAGCUUGUAGUUCGACCGGAGGAAAUCCCACCUGUUCCAGAGAAUCGAUUCCUGCUGCGACGGGACAUGCCAUCGCAGGAAGAUAAAACAGAAAUAGUUGUGAAAGAAGAGGCCCCAGUUUCAACUGACCUGAAACCUGCGGUGUCAAAGUCCGGACGGAAAAUCAAAGGCAGAGGAACAAUGAGAUAUCACACUCCCACAAGGUCUAAAUCGCGCUCUGCAUCCGUUGAGGAGCGUGGAAGCAGUGAAACUCCACCACACUGGAAAGAAGAAAUGAAGAAAACCAAAAUGUAUCAACCCCCGAGCGUCGAGAGGUGGAGCAAAGGAGACAAAUUGAAUGACCAUUCCUCAAGCAGAUGGGACAACAGAAGCGACUCCGCGUGGUCCCGGUCUGCAGAGCAUUCUUCAGACCGCAGCUCAGAGAGGUCCAGCCAAUGCCGCCAAAAGAAAAAGGAGAAGAAGAAAGCCAAACACAAGAAGAAGGCCAAAAAACGCAAACAUGGGAAAAAGAAAAGUUCUAAAAACAAACCUCAUCCAUCAGAUGGCGAAAGGUCAGUGUCUUCAGAGAAGAUGACCAGAAGAUCUCGUUCCCUAAGUCGGUCCUUUUCAAGUCCGCAUCAUUCUUCAACCCGAAGGAGGCGUCGGUCCUCGAUGUCGUUCAGAGACUCACGAUCCUACUCUAGGUCCUACACAUCCAGUCGGUCCAGAUCUCGAGGGAGGUCGUACUCAAGAUCCAGAAGUCUUUCUAGGUCCAGAAGUCGAUCCCUGUCUAGAUCCAGGUCUCGCUCCUAUUCUCAGUCGAGAUCGAGAUCAAGAUCUAGGUCCAGAUACAGAUCCAGGUCUUUUACACCAUCCAGAAAAAGGAGUUUAUCCAGAUCUCCAAGAAAAAGAAAAACAACCAAGCCCAAACCUGACGUCAUGAUCCAUGCGACUGAGAAGCUUCCAGAGAGUAAAGUCACACCUGUCUCCAGACUGCCAACAGUCACGCCUACUGAAACUGUCCCUGUGAUCCCGCUGAGUGACAGUCCUCCACCCUCACGCUGGAAGCCAGGCCAAAAACCCUGGAAGCCCUCCUACAUCCAUAUUCAAGAGAUUAAAGCUAAAGUAACUCCAAGUAAUAGUUCCUCCACUGGGCCAAAGGUUGGUAGUACUGCAGUAAAAGGUCAGACUUCAGUUGCACAAACAUCUCUGCCAGGUGACGCUGAAGGCAACAAGGAACUCAAACCUGCACAGCGCUCACACAGCAGGUCGCCCAGAAGAAGGUCCAACACUCGCUCUUACAGUCGCUCAAGGAGUAGAAGUUAUAGUAGGUCCAGGUCCAGAUCCAGGUCUAGAUCCUCUCACCAGUACAAGAGCAGGUCGUCCUCCUACGGCAGAUCGGACUCUGAAAACUCCCAGAAAACAAGCAGCAACAAGAUGAAUUCACUAGACAAGGAUUGGAAGAAGUAUUACACCUCUGUGAAGAAAAUAAAAAAUUUAGAUAAGUACGUUUCACUCACCACUCAAGAUCCUCACUCAGGACCAGAGAACAAGACGGGCAGCGAGUGUAGUCCUCAUAUCAGUGCAUCAAGAAGAAGUGUCUCUGCGGAGAACGUAAAAGAGAAAGGCAGCUCACAAGACUCUGAGACAAAACCCCACAGUGCAUUGCCGGCUGAGAGCCUUAAUAGGUCUGAAUGGGAUAGUGACAGCGAUAAAGUGAGCCAAAGCAACAGCGUUAUCCCGUUAAAAAUGCAGAAACCGGCGGUUCAGUCCAGUGAGGUUCAGGACAAGAAGUCGUCUGCUCCUACUGGGUGGAAUUCAGAAAGCGAUUCUGAAAACCUAGCAGCCAGGACAUUGGCUAUAUCUGAAAAAGAGGAAGGGGAAGCCAGUUCAGAAUCCGACUAUGAGACUUGUAGAAAGGCAUCAGAGGCAGCAAUUGCUCCCUCGGUCCCAGAUCAGUUGGAGGAAAGUCCCAAAAAGUCUGCGGAGGCCGGGAAGCACAAGAGCAAGAAGAAAGCCAAGCGGAAGCGUAAACAUAAGAGGAGAGGCGAGAGUAAAUCGGGCUCCCAUCGCAGUAAGGCCAAGAAAUCUAAGAGAAAACAUCAGAAGCUGAAAGAGACUUUUCACUGGCAGCCACCUUUAGAGUUUGGAGAGGAGGAAGAAGAAAACGAAUUCAAGAGGGAGAGACGCAGUCCUGGUGGGGCUGUUAAAAAAGAGAAUUCAGAUGUAGAUGUUAUGAAGAUGAAGGACCCAAAUGUAACCGGUUUACAUGAAAAUCCUGCAAAAGAAGAAUGUAUCAACAAAAAUGCAAAACACGGUGAACCUCAACAAGAGGCGUCCAAGCGGAGCGGUGCUAGCGGCGGUCACUCGUUGAGUAACAAAGAGCAAGAAGCAUUAGCCGAUAUGGACAUCUGCACCCCGGAGCAUGACGCCGAUGUCGCUGAGCAUCCGCUCGGACAUGAUUCUCAAAACAGCGCCUCUGAAUCUGCUGUGAAAUCUACCUCAAAGUCUUCAGAUGUUACAAGCAACGACGGUGCUUUAGCUCAUAGCAAAAAGCAGCCCGGUGCUACUUCUGCACCCACAGAUAGUGGACUGGAAGAUGAAGUAACCACUUGCAAACCUUCCGCCGCUGUGAUUAAUUUAAAAUGGAAGCCGCUGAAAGGAAUGUCGGCCCUGCAGAUUGUCAGCGUGCCUCCUGUCAACGUGAAAAACAUCCAAAUUCAGGAGAGCCAGACCACCAGCGCGCAGGGCGUGAGAAUGGAGAUCAAGAGUAAAAGCCGGGUGCGACCGGGGUCUCUGUUCGACGAGGUCCGUAAGACGGCGCGGCUCAACCAGAGGCCGAGAAACCAGGAGAGCUCCAGUGAAGAAAGGUCGCCUUCCGUGGGAAAGUCCAAGGGAACGUCGCACACCCGCUCCCUGAAGAAGUCCAGGUCCGUGUCUAGAAAGUCUCGCUCUGUUUCCAGUCACCGGUCGCGCUCCAGAGGCUGGUCCCACUCCUACAGCAGGUCCAGAAGUAGAUCCCGCAGCUCCAGCUACUCCUCCAGGAGUCGUAGCCGGAGUCACAGGAGACGUGGGAGAGGACGAUCGCGCUCUCGCAGCAGCACAUAUCGAAGUUACAGGAGUCACAGUCGGACGUACAGUAGAAGUCAUUCCAGGAGUCACUCGUACGAUCGCCAUAGGAGGUCCAGCAGGUCGGAUUCCUACGACAGCUAUUCCAGCCGGAGUCGGAGCGUGAGCCGGAGACGAGGGCGCAGGCGAAGCGACAGCUACAGGAGCUCAGACCGCCGGUCCAGGUCGUACCGAUACUCCAGUCGUAGCUCUUCAAGGCGAAGGAGUCACAGUCGCAGCAGCCGCUACAGCUAAGUCUCACCCCCACAUCUACUGAGAGGGAACAACCACGAAGUCUGGACACUGUGCUAGCACAACAUCAAAUACUGCCCUGUUAAUACGUGGAAUUAACGAAUAUCAUAGGCGGUGUGAUCUUUUAAUUUCCAGCAGACUAGAUACAGGGAGUUCAUGAGAUCACAUGAUCAGCGAGUCUCACGCCGUCCUGUUACUUAGUUUAACACGGCGUCUGUAUGUCUUCUUCACAUAAGCUGACAACGAGGAAAUGAAUGUAGGUAAGAAAAGAAAAAGCCACUUUAAAAGUCUCCCGAGAACAACUGGCUCCAGAUCUGUCGGUGGCGCCGCUCGCGCAGAUUUGAUACUCAUGCUAUACUUGUUACAAAAGAACACGAGAGAUGAGCUGUAAAUAACUGAGAUUAUUGUAUAGUUGUCGAUAAUUUUUUUAACGUCCGUCUUUUAUACACUGAAAUGUAAAACGUUUUUAGCAGCUUCGCUGUCACACGUUUGGGGAGUUGUUGGGUUUGUUUGUGAGUUGUUUACUCGUCAUGUAAGCGACCCGUUACUUUUACUGUGUUUCCUUUCAUUAAAGUACCACGAAUGUUCAAACCACGAACUGUACUCAAAGUAUAGGAUCUGUCAUUUAGAACUGACUCCAACGUUUGAAUGUUUACUCUUAAUAAAUACCACCUUAUCAGGAA